AUGCUACCAGACGUCCAGCGGGGAUCGAGGCAUGGUUCUUAUUCUCUCGACGCGGCCAUACAUGAGUGUGGGGCGACAAAGAACUGGAGCGCAGCGCUGGACUUCUUGCGCGAAGCAUCUCGGUUGCGCUCGAAGACCACACAAGGCAGUUACGUUGCGACAGUUAAAGCAUGCGGUAAGGGCGGGCAGUGGCAGCGGGCGUUGGCGCUGCUCAGCGAGAUGCGGGAGGCGACCACGGAGCCAAACGUCAUUUUCAGCUACAGUGCCGGGAUGAGCGCGUGCGAGAAGGGCGGGCAGUGGCAGCAGGCAAUGUCGCUGCUCAGCGAGAUGCGGCAGGCGAGGCUUGAGCCCGACGUCGUAAUCUACAGCGUUGGCAUCAGCGCGUGCGGGAAAGGCGGGCAGUGGCAGCAGGCUCUGUCGCUGCUCAGCGAGAUGCGAGCUUCGAGGGUGGAGCCCGACGUCACCUUCAUCUACAGUGCUGUGACCAGCGCGUGCGAGAAGGGCGAGCAGUGGCAGUGGGCUUUGACACUGCUCAGCGAGACGUGGGAGGCGAAGCUGGAGCCCAACGUCAUAUCAGCUACAGCGUCGGGAUAA